CGGACACUUUUAAUUGGUAUUUUACAAUAUAUUUAUGUUUUUAUAUCCCUAUCAGCAGUAUAAGCGUAAUGCCUAAAUGUUUUAUAAAUUCGGUACGACCGAUUAAACACAGUUUCAUACAUGAAACGGAGAAUAUUUGCCACGAAAGUGAGCACCUACCGAGUUGUGAGAACAGACCAUUACGUACAAAAUCGAAUAUAAAGAAAGAAAAAAUAUUAUUAAAAAGUAAUGAAACUAUUUACCACGACAAAGUGCCUAUAUCCACGCGGUUUUACCUCCAACUGUUAAAACGUAGCCAGUUUCAAGAAGCUUUCAUCAAGUUUGAAGUCUACGAAUAUGCAUCAGAAAACGAGAAAGCGGUCAUCUCACCAGAAACUAAAAGGAACGCUGUACCAAGAAAGGUAAGGGAUGAAACGGCGUACAAUUUGAGAUCCAGCGACGGUAGAACGGAACGUAAGAUUUUCUACCGAAAGAGGGGAAGUAGAAAAAGAAAAGUUGAAAAAGGAAAAGAAAAUAAUGUGAAAAUAGAUUCCGAAGUGCAAACACAUAGAAAGGAACCGUUAGCACCUAUUAUAGAAGAAUUAAAAAAAAGAGAACCGCUGAAAACUAAUUGUAAGGGAGGAGCUGAAAUAGAUAAGAUUGCUGAAAAAUUGAAGACUAUGAUGAAAACUAACGCAGAACAAAAGUUGGAUAAAGAAUUGUUGGCAUGCAAAGAGUUAUUUGAAGUGGCGGUUAUAGAGCAAGAUGGGAAUGAGAGAAUGCCACUUGAUGGAAAUCAGCCGUUGAAACCGUGGUUGGAGCGGCGAGUGCGGGCUAUCCACACAUGUUCUUAUUGCGGCAAGUGCUUCGACCGACCGUGGGUGCUGAAGGGCCACCUUCGGCUGCACACCGGCGAGAGACCAUUCCCCUGUCCGCACCCGCUUUGUGGCAGGACAUUUGCUGAUCGAUCGAACCUGCGCGCACACCAGCGCACCCGCGGCCACCACUCGUGGCAGUGGCGAUGCUUGCACUGCGGGAAGGCGUUCAGCCAACGAAGAUAUCUGGAGAGGCACCGAGACGACGCCUGCCGUAAAUAUAAAACGUAUCAUACUCGGAACGCUGCAAAAUUGCAAGACAACACUUCAAACAAUACAAUACCAAGUGGCCUAAAGUUUCUUGCGCCGUCGAAUGACCUCACAGAAGAUUUAACGGCACUGAAGAGUUGCGACGAUUUUCAUGCUUCUUAUUGUGAUAUGCAUGUACCAAUUGAUUUGUCUAUCGGAAAAAAAUAG